AUGACAGCAGCUCAGGCGCAGCCUCAAGAGACAUGGCAGCCCAUGCCCCUGUCAAUCGCUCCAUCAAUAGCGUCUCACUCCCUGUCAACACCAGAGUCCCUACAAAUUGAGAUUGAUCAAACAACUCACCGGCUUCAGCUCCUCAACUUUUUCCAUGUCCCUGCUUCAUCUCACAUUCUUGAGAUUGGAUGCGGUCAGGGAACAUGCACUGUUGUCUUGGGUCAUGCGGUUGGUGAAGAUGGCCAUGUUGACGCCAUCGACCCCGCACCUCUUGAUUACGGUGCACCAUACACUCUUGGCCAAGCACAACAACAUAUCGCCAAAGGCGCUUUGGGCGGGCGUGUGAAAUUCUGGCAGGCCCAACUCGAGGACUUUUUAAGAGAGACAGGGGACAAGAAGUGGGAUUAUGCCGUCUUUGUGCACUGUCUAUGGUAUCUCGAUGCGCCAGAAACCCUUGCCCGCAUGCUCAAAGCGCUCAAGGGACGAGUGAACAGAGUCUGCAUUGCUGAAUACGCCAUGAAGGCAUCUGAGCCAGCUGCUGUCCCUCACGUCCUUGCUGCUUUGACGCGAGCGACAUUUGAGGCACAAAGACCAGACAGUGAGGCGAAUAUUCGAUGUCUGCUGAGUCCAUCUGAUAUCAAGAGUAUUGCGGGGGAUGCUGGAUGGAAGAUUGAGCGAGAGACGGAAAUUGUGCCGCAUGAGGGAUUGCAAGAUGGUGGCUGGGAAGUUGGGGAUAUGAAAAGCAAGAGCUUUCUUGAUGAUAUUGAGCAGUGUGUUGCUGAUAGUAGGAUAAAGGCCACGCUUCGGAGUGGGAGAGAGGCGGUUGUAAGAGCCGUUCAAGGACUUGACGGUAGUAAGGUGCGGACAAUGGAUGUCUGGGUGGCAGGAUUUUAUUAA